AUGCAACUUCAGGUGUCAGCACGAAGAACGCCUCCACCGGAGAAUUGCACACGUGUAGACUACCAGAGCCUUUCUCCGGCUUUCCGAGGAGUGGUGGUGAAGAAAAUAAAGCGUGUGAACAGAGACAAAAUAAAAGUGAUUUACGACUGUAGUGGAGAAAGUCAUAUCACAGAAAUACAAAACAACACACGUUUACUUGAAGAGUGGAAACAAAAAAAGAAGCUAUCAGCACAUGUAGUUGUGCAGUUCAAUGGAACCAUGAACGAACUUCCCCUCGGAUUCAAAAAAAAAGUACGCAAUGAAUUGGAUGAGCAAAGACGACGACUCUACCAGGUAUGA